CUCAAAAAUAAAUACAAACAUUAAAAAAAAAAAAAAAAGAUGAGUCAUAUUGACAUCUGCUUCCUAACAUUACACAGUUGUGACACUUAGUCCAUUGGUAAAUUGCUGAGUUCUGAAAGUUUCAAUGGAAAAAUGUAUGUAUGUGUACCUGUGAGCAUAUAAUAUAGCCUGUUGUUCUAAUGAGUGGAAUAACUAAACUAAUGUAUAUGGGAUAUCCAGCAACGCUUGAGCAGAAGACGACAAAAUGAAAUAAUGGCCAAAAUCCAAGCAGCUAUCAUUCAGAUUCCUAAACCUGCAUCAAAUCGUACUUUGAAAGCACUUGAGGCACAAAAAAUGAUGAAAAAGAAAAAAGAGGCAGAGGAUGUGGCCAAUGAGAUUAAGAAGUUUGAAGCAUUAAUAAAAAAGGAUCUCCAGGCAAAAGAAAGUGCCUCCAAGCCUUCUUCAGAUACAGCAGGCCAGACAACAACUGAUUUAUUAAACACGUAUUCGGAUGAUGACUACAUUAAAAAAAUCCAAAAGCGCCUUGAGGAGGAUGCUUUAGCACGAGAGCAAAGGGAGAAAAGACGGCGGAGGCUGUUAAUGGACCAGUUAAUAGCCCACGAAGCACAAGAGGAGGCGUUUCGGGAAGAGCAGCUGAUUAACCGGCUGAUGCGGCAGUCCCAGCAGGAACGCAGGAUCGCUGUGCAGCUCAUGCAUGUUCGGCAUGAAAAGGAAGUUUUAUGGCAAAACAGAAUUUUCAGAGAAAAACAGUAUGAGGAGAGACGACUUAAAGAUUUCCAGGAUGCUCUUGAUCGAGAAGCGGCUUUGGCAAAACAAGCCAAGAUUGAUUUUGAGGAGCAAGCCCUCAGAGAGAAGGAAAUUCAUGAACAGAUUGCUGUGGAAAGAGCUCAAGCUCGUUACAAAAAGCAUUAUACAAUAUGUGCAGAAAUUUUGGAUCAAAUACUUGAUUUGUCCACUAAAGUGGCAGACUACCGAAUGUUGACAGAUAAUUUGAUUCCAUAUAAGGUGAUGCAUGAUUGGAAGGAACUGUUUUUUAAUGGAAAGCCCAUAUAUCAGCAAGCCUCUAUUAAGCAUCUACCGGCUAAGCCCUCUGCAGAACAACUUACAGAACUGGAGAAAAGUGACUUGCUAGAUAGCAAUGAUUACAAAGAAUAUAAGAACAUGGUUGGGGAGUGGGCCUUGCCAGAAGAAAUGGUUGAGAAUUUACCACCCUCCAACAACAACAUAUUGGGUCAUGUGAUUCACAGAUUAAUUGAAAAAUCUCAUCCUCCUCAAGUCAAAGCAACAAUACCAGAAUUACCUUCAUUUGCUAUUAAAGGGUGCUUAUUGGGGAAAACAUUUAGUGGAAAAACUACUGCUCUGAAGGCUCUACAAAAAGACUUUCCUAUUCAGGUACUUUCUAUUGACACUCUUGUCCAAGAAGCCAUAAAAGCAUUUCAUGACAACGAACAAGUCAGUGAGGCCCUACCAAUUGAGAAAAAAGAUGAAGAAAAGGCUCUACCAGUUCAGCAAGAGACGAGUAAAGAAAGCCAGGAUCUACAGGAUGUAUCUUCAGCUUAUCCAGCUUCAAAUGAAGCAUUGCCAGAAACAGAAGAUAAAACUGUACUUAGUACUGAAACAAAUAAAACUCCAAAAGCUGAAGAAGUCAAAUCAAGUGAUAGUUUCUCUGAACUCACUGUGCGUGCUCAGCUUGGUGCAAAAUCAGAAAAGUUGCUGAAGAAAGGAAAGAGCAUUUCUGACAUGUUGCUAGUUAGCAUCAUGGUAAAUGCUAUUAAUAAGAUACCUGUGGAUCAAGGAUGGGUCUUGGAUGGUUUUCCAAUGACAUUAAACCAAGCAAAGCUUCUGGAGGAAGCUCUCACGGGCUGCAACAGAGAGGUCCUAGAAAUGGAGGAAAAGAAAGCACAAAUAUCCACAUUGGCUGUUGAUACUAAAGCCUCCAAAGAAGUUCCUCUUCCUCCUUCUGCAUUUGAUUUUGUCAUGUUAUUAGAUAUUUCAGAUAAUUCCUCACUGGAUCGCAUGAAUGACACGAUGGCUGAAGCAUUUUCAAGUGAAACACCUCAUGAAGAAAUCACUCAACAGGUAGCUGCUGAAAACCAGGAUAUGGAUAAAGACCAGAAUUUAAGACAUCAGAUUCAGCACAGAAUUAUAGGCUUCUUGGACAACUGGCCUUUAUUGGAGCAAUGGUUUACAGAACCAGAAAAUAUUUUGAUAAAAAUCAAUGCUGAAGUAGAUAAAGAAUCUUUAUGCCAAAAAGUAAAAGAAAUGUUUAUGACUGAAGUAAUGAAAAAAGAGAAUAAAGUUAAAAAGAAAUUAGAAGAGAAGGAAGCUGAGAAAAAGGAAGAAGUUCCCCUGGCUGAGCCUCCACCCCCACCUCCCCCUCCACCUGAGCCAGAAAAAGAGAAGGAGACCCAUCCUCAGCGUGAGCAUUCAAAAACUCCUGCUGCAAAAGGGAAACCACCAUCAGAGCCCUUGCAUGGUAAGCAAGACUCUCCUCAAGAAGGAAAAGGGAAGAAAGGUGAAACUUCACUCAAAAGAAAAGGUUCUCCUAAAGGAAAAUCACCAGGAGGGAAAGCACCGGUAAAGAAGUCACCUGCUGAUUCUGCAGAGGUGUCACCUACUCCCAUAGUGCCACCACCACCUAAGCCAGGAUCAGAAGAAUGGGUCUAUGUGAAUGAGCCAAUUCCUGAGGAAAUGCCUUCAUUUCUAGUACCUUACUGGAAACUAAUAGAAAAUUCCUAUAUAGACUCCAUCAAAACAGUUCUCAGGCAUCUGAGAGAAGGGCAGCAUGUUGUGCUUACUUACUUGUAUGAGAUUAGAACAAAUUUCCAGCAGUUUCUAAAGCGUCCAGAUCACAAGCAAAACUUUGUAUCUCAGUGGCAGGCUGAUUACAACUCUCUUCCUGAUGACCUGUGGGAUGAUGAGGAAACAAAGGCCGAACUACACCAAAGAGUAAAUGAUUUACGAGACCGCCUGUGGGACAUCUGUGAUGCGCGGAAGGAAGAGGCAGAUCAGGAGCGUCAGGAUAUCAUUAACGAGAGCUGGUUGCAGGACACCAUCGGAAUCACGAUGAACCAUUUCUUCUCACUGAUGCAGGCAGAAUUGAACCGUUUUGAAGAUACAAAGAGAUUCCUUCAAGAUUAUUACAGAGGAAUGGAAGGCAAAAUCCCAAUCGACGACAAUAAGAGAUUUACUCGAGUCCCACUGGUCCAAGUGGAUAGUAGAGACAUUUCAGAAAGCCAACAUAGAAUUCCUCUAAUUCCUCGAAUAUCCGUUUCCCCGGAUUCAGCUACGUCCAAAACAAAAACAAAAACCACACUGAAGGGCAAGAUUGAUUACUCACUGGAAAAUGUUGAGUCGAACUUUGAGGCAGAUGAGAAGUUGCUAAUGGACACCUGGCAGCAAGCUUCUUUAGCAAUAUCUCACAUGGUGGCUGCUGAAAUUCAUCAGAAGCUCAUGGAAGAAGAAAAGGAAAACCAGCCAACAGAUACAAAAGAAAAAUCUCCUCAGAUGGGUACAAAUAAAAAAGUCAAAAAUGAACCGCCCAAGAAAAAAAAGGCAGACAAAAAAGCAAAAGGUAAAUCGCCGCCAAUAGCAGAAGCUACACCCGUGACAGUGUCACCAGAGCAGACUGCCGAAAUGGAAAGGAAAAAGGAACUGAUGCUCAAAAUCAAGGAAGAACACCUUGCUGCCCUGCAGUUUGAAGAGAUAGCCACACAGUUCCGACUUGAACUGAUAAAGACAAAAGCACUGGCUUUCCUUGAAGAUUUACUAACAAAGGUGGUUGAUGUAUAUAAACUCAUGGAAAAGUGGCUUGGUGAGAGGUACUUGAAUGAAAUGGCCAGUGUGGAAAAAUUAACUGAGGUAGCUCGCUAUCACAUUGAAACAUCGACAAAAAUUCAGAGUGAACUUUAUUUAGACCAAGAAGAUUUCUUUAUUAAUGGUGAUGUAAAAGUCUUUCCAGAUUCCCCUCCUCCAGUACGUCCUCCACCCGUAGAAAAGGAAGAAAAUGGCACCCUGACCAUCGAACAGCUUGACAACCUUCGAGAUCAGUUCUUAAUUAUAGCACCUAAAGGCAGGGGUCCUCCAGGCGAUGUGAACCGAGUCACUGAAAAGCAGAAAAGGCCGCAGAAGCUUGACCAUUAUCUUCCAGAGAGGAAUAAUCAAUUUUUGAAAAUCUGGCUUAAAAAAUACCCUUGGCUUAUAUAUGAUGAGAUACUAAAUCUUAUGUUCUGUGGCCUGUGUCGUAAGCAUGGAGUAAAGUCACGGGGAAAUCAAGUGAAUUUUUUUUAUGGCACUGACAACUUUAGGACUGAAUUUCUCAAUGCACAUCAUCUCAGUGAGGCCCAUGCCAAGGCUUCACUAAUGGAAGCAACAAGUGGUUCUCCAGUGAACCGAGCCACCACAGAGUUCAUGGUGACGACCAUGAGCAAAGUCACCCUCGGGAGAAUAGAGAACUUAUUCAGAUCAUGCCAUGCUAUCGCCAAGACGGGACGCCCCCUCAAAGAUUUUAUCUGGAUGUGCAAGUUGGAUGAUAUGAAGGGUGUCGAUAUCGGCCCAGUAUUCAGAACUAACAAAUCAGCAAGAACGUUCACGUAUUUUAUCGCUGAAGUGGAACGGAGAAAUCUAAGAGAGAAACUAGAACAAAGUAAAUUUUUCUCUGUCCUCAGUGAUGGAAUCACAGACAGCUCAACCGAGGAAGCUGAACUUGUCUACGUGCAGUUUGCAUGUGCAGGAAAAGUGCAUUGCCAAAUUGUUGGGGUACAGACGGUAGAAAAGAAGGAUCCUUUGGAAAUAAGAAAUGCCAUCGAGAAAACUCUAGAGCGAAAUCUUCAACUUAAGCUAUCGAACCAAGACUGGGCGAAGAAACUGGUUGGUUUUGGAAGUGAUGGUGCCCCUGGCUCAGAGGGAGAAAACAACGGGGUAGCCAUGCUCUUCAGAGAAAUCCAGCCACGAGCACUGACUGUGUACUGCUUUGCACAUCAUCUUGAACUGUCUUACAGGGCGGUCUUCCAGAGCGUUCCCCUGUACAAUGAUGUCAGAGGCCUUCUUCACAGCAUCUACUACUUCUACCACAGUUCUCCUGUCCACAAGAGUUCUCUGAUAACUGCUUUCAAAGGCCUUCACCUUCGCCCUGUGCUGCCUUCUCGAGUAGGGGGCAGGAGGUGGCUUCAGGGAUUACAGGCAGCCCUCCAGAACUUUCUCAGGGGAUAUCCUGCGAUAGUCCAGCAACUACAUUCAGCAGUUGAGGGCAGAAAUGACACUAGUCACCAGAAAGCCAACGAACUCCUGGAGUUCCUUCUCCAAGCAGACAUUGUUAAAUUCGUCCAUUUCUUAGUGGAUGUCAUUAAUGUCCUUAGCAUUCUUUCCCGUGUCAAUCAGAACAGAAACUCUUCCAUUGCUGAUGUAUUUGCCUCAUUAGAGUCAACACUGGAAAUGCUCAGAAUGUAUAAAACAAGACCAGGACCAAAGGAACGUCAGGUAGAUUCAGCCACACACUUUCAUGGUAACUGCCUGGGAGGAAAGGGAAACAUUUCUGAUGUGAGAAGCACGGUCUUAACACAUCUUGUCAAGAGGCUGCAAGGUUGUUUCAGAGAUGCCAGCCAAGAUGUGGUGAAGGCUACUGUGAUUGGAAGCUUUAAACUGUGGCCCACAAAGAUAAAUCAAGGUACCCUAUAUGCACCAACUUCUAACCGUUGUUCUUUGACUGUAGGUUUCUUUCAUGUAUGUGACUUUUUCUCUCAUAUAUUGAUGGCAGAAUUUGGAGAAAAAGAGGUAUCCAUCUUGACUGCCCACUAUGAACCACUACUGGAAGCUGCCAAUGUGGAAAUCGAUGAAGUGGACACUGAAUGGAGCAUGUUGAAAUUAGAGAUUUAUGCUAGAUUUCAGAACAUCUGCAAAUUGACCUGGGAUUUUGUGAAUUCUGUUUACUUGCACAAAUAUCCAAAUAUCCUGGCAUUAGUGGACCUAGUACUGACGCUCCCUGCAAGUUCUGCAGAAGCAGAACGUGGCUUUAGUCAGAUGAAACGUGCCAAAUCACAAAUGCAUGCCACGAUCAAGGCUGAAAGUAUGACGGAUCUCUUGAUAAUUCAGUUGAACUCUCCAGACAUUAAUAACUUUGACCCUAGGAAAGCUAUCCACUUAUGGAAUACAAGAACACCAUCUUCAACUGGUGACACAAGACCUAAUUCCUCUUGUUCAUCAAACUCGGAAAGCCAUUAUGAAAGUGAUUAGUAAUAUGACAAAUGUGGACUUCGUCAUUCAUCAGAGCAAAAACAAAUUCUUUUUAAUCUGAAAUUUAAAAGUAACACAGUAACCAGUCUUCACAUCAAAUGUAAAAGGCAUUUGGCAUCUUACCAGACAAACAAAGCCAAAAUCCAAAGAUUGGUUUUCCUGUACCUUUCUAAGAUCACUUCUACAUCCACACAUUUGUUCACGUUCUAUGGAUGGAGGAGAUCCUUCUAAGCAAUGGUGUCAUUUUGAUGUCAUAUUUUGCAGAGUUAUUACAAAGGGUGUCUAGGUGAUGAUUAUGAUCUGAAUUCCUUUAGGCCUGGCAUACAAUUAACAUCUUUCCUGCAUAAUUCUAAAUGACAGUUGCUUUAGAUAACUAACUUAGAGCCAAAUUGAAAAAGGGUAUUUUUUAAAUCAAUGAACACAAUUUCUUUUUUUUUUUUUUAAUUUAUUUUGAAAGAGAGAGAGAGAGCAUGCGUAUAAGCAGGGGAGAGGCAAAGAGAGGGGAGAGAGAAUCCUAAGCAGGCUCCGAGCUGUGAGUAUGGAGCUCAACUUUGGGCCCAAAAUCUGAGCUGAAAUCAAGAGUCAGAUGCUUAACCGAAUGAUCUAUCCAGGCACCCCCCAUGAAUAAAAUUUCUAAGUUUAUGUUUGUGUUAUCCCAUUUUAUGUGAAGAUCAUAUUGCCAUAUGCCUUGGGGCAUAUGUAAUGGACAAGGUCAAAUAUUAAAAUAGUUUCACCUUUCGCACUAUGGUCACCAGAUCAAUUCCUAUGUAAGCUGGAACUAAUAUCUUACAACACUUUACUUGCACCAUAGCUAUUAAAGACAGUGGAAAUAUAUUGCAUAUCUACCAGAAUUUUUAAAUACUUAGAGACUCUUCAUGGUUUCAUAAAAUAGAUUUUAUUUACAGUUUCAUAUUGAGGAACAUGAAUGAUUUCUUUCCUUUUUAAAAAAAUGUUUAUUGUUUAUUUUGAGAGAAAGAGUGUGUGUGUGAGCAUGCACAUGUGAGCAGAGAAGGGGCAGAGGGAGAGGAAGAGAGAAUCCCAAGCAGGCUCCAAACCCAGCACAGAGUCAGACAUGGGGCUCAGUCCACAACCACAAGAUAAUGACCUGAGCUGAAAUCAAGAGUUGGAUGCUUAAUGGACUGAGCCAUCCAGGCACCUCAUGAAUGAUUCAUUUUUAACUUAUCUAAAAACCAAUGUGUUUUUUACUGAAAAUAAAGUUCAUUUUACUGAAAAUUCUACUACCUGGGAAAAAUUUCUCAUCUCUAUAAAACUGGAUACUCAGGUUUGAUCAAAAAGGAUAGAGAAUUUAUUUCUGAACAACCUAUCAGAUGUCCAGUCAUAUCAAAGAAAAAGUCUGCUCUUGCCACCCAGAAAACUAACUUCCAAAUCUCAAAAUUAUAUAUUUGGUCUGAGCCACUGAUAUUUUAAAAGGAUUAAUGCAUUUUCUUAAAGGCUAGAAGAAAUGAUAAAGUUCACAUUGGACUUUUAUAAAUACUAAAAAUUCAGGUGCAAAAACAAAAAUGUGAAAUGCUACAUCUAUGUUCUACUCUUUUUAUUUCUAAACAAGGAAGUAUAGCUAUUACCCUGGA